GCACAGACUCUGUACAAGGGAAGAGCGACAGGGACGCUUUGCUCAGAAGAACGAUUUUGGUCAAUGAUUUUGCAGCUGCUAUGAGGGAAAAAUAGCUCUCCUGCUUACUAGAUAUUUCUUAUAAACAGCAAAAAUCUGAAUAUCACUAAAAGUUGCAAAGACAGACUAUACAACAUCUUUUCAGAAAUGGGAAGACGUUACCUGUGUAUGGGUGCCCUCCGGCUGCUGUGCUUGGGCAUGUUGGUGUCGGUGUGUAGGUGCAAGACUGUGCGCUAUAGGACUUACGAGGAGGACGAGCCUGGCACAGUGAUAGGGACUUUGGCGGAAGAUCUGCAUCUGGAGGGAGAGGGAACUUUCCGACUGAUGAAGCAGUUCAACAAUUCCCUUAUCCACGUCCGGGAGAGUGAUGGGCAGCUGAGCAUUGGGGAGAGGAUAGACCGGGAGCGCAUCUGCAAGCAGUCCCCUCACUGCACCCUGGCCCUGGAUGUGGUGAGCCUGGCCAAGGAGCAGUUCAAGCUAAUACAUGUGGAAGUGGAGGUGAGAGACAUCAAUGACAAUAGCCCCCGCUUCCCCAGCGCAGAGAUACCUGUGGAGGUGUCGGAGAGCGCCACUGUGGGCACCAGGAUCCCUUUGGACAUUGCCACAGAUGAAGACGUGGGGGUCAAUUCCAUCCAGAGCUUUCAGAUCUCAGUGAAUAGCCACUUCAGCAUCGAUGUGCAGACCCGGGCGGAUGGGGUCAAGUACGCCGACUUGGUGCUGAUGAAAGAGCUGGACAGGGAAAGUCAGUCUGCCUAUACCCUGGAGCUGCUGGCCAUGGAUGGAGGGAGCCCGUCCCGCUCCGGCACUGCCAUGGUUAAUGUGCGAGUCCUGGACUUUAAUGACAACAGCCCGGUGUUCGAGAGGAGCGCAGUCACGGUGGAGCUGAUGGAGGACGCACCCGUGGGGUACCUGUUGCUGGACCUCAAUGCAGUUGACCCCGACGAAGGUGUCAAUGGAGAAAUCAUCUAUGGCUUCAGCCCGCAGGUCCCUCAGGAGGUGCGGCAGUUGUUUAAAAUCGACCCCAAAUCUGGCCGCCUAACUCUUGAAGGUCAAGUUGACUUUGAGAGCAAGCAAACGUACGAGUUUGAUGUCCAAGCCCAGGACAUGGGUCCCAACCCCCUGGCAGCCACCUGUAAAGUCAUCGUGCAUGUAAUCGAUGUGAAUGAUAACGCCCCGGUCAUCUCCAUCACACCGCUCACCUCCAUCAGCGCCGGGGUCGCCUACAUCACCGAGGCGGCAGCCAGGGAGAGCUUUGUAGCGCUGAUCAGCACCACGGACAGGGACUCCGGGCAGAACGGACAAGUUCACUGCACGCUGUAUGGGCAUGAGCAUUUCAGGCUGCAGCAAGCCUAUGAGGACAGCUACAUGAUCGUCACCACCUCUGCCCUGGACAGGGAGAAGAUAUCCGAGUACAAUCUGACAGUGGUGGCAGAAGAUCUGGGCUCUCCCCCUUUUAAAACAGUCAAGCAGUACACCAUUCGGGUGAGUGACGAGAAUGACAAUGCCCCUGUUUUUGCAAAGCCAGUGUACGAAGUGUCGGUGCUGGAGAAUAAUGCCCCAGGUGCUUAUAUCACCACCGUAGUGGCCAGAGACCCGGACUUUGGCCAUAAUGGUAAAGUUAUUUACAGACUAGUGGAGACUGAAGUGAUGGGCGCCCCAAUCUCAACCUACGUAUCGCUGGACCCUGCAACUGGCGCAGUUUAUGCGCUGAGAACCUUUAACCAUGAGAUCCUCAAGCAGCUAGACCUGCGAAUCCAGGCGAGUGACGGAGGGUCCCCGCAGCUCACAAGCAGCGCUAUCAUUAAGGUGAAGAUCGUGGAUCAGAAUGAUAAUGCACCUGUUAUCAUCCAGCCGGCUCUGUCCAACGGUUCGGCAGAAGUCGUGGUCCCAUCUAGAGCCCCACACGGCUUUUUGGUCACUCAGAUUAAAGCUAAAGAUGCCGACGAAGGGGUUAACGCUGAGCUGAGCUACAGCCUGACAGAGGACGGCAGAAACCUGUUCACCAUUAAUAAAGUCACUGGGGAAGUGUUUCUCGUUGCAGAUGUCAGUGAAGCUGUCGGACAUGUGUUCAGAGUCACAGUGAGUGUGAGUGACAGCGGCAGGCCCCCUCUAUCCAGCACGGCCACCAUUACUUUCCUGGUCACUUCGGCCACCCCCCCAAUAAACCCCGAACUCAUGCAGCCAAGUUCCUGGGAGGAAAAGGUGUCCCGCUGGGAUGUGCCCCUCAUCGUGAUCAUUGUCCUGGCUGGGAGUUGCACCCUGCUCCUAGCGGCCAUUAUCACUAUUGCAACUACCUGCAACAAACGCAGGAAGGAGAAUAAAGGCGACAGCAAGAACCCGAGGGACAUCUCCGAGCUGGAGAAAGGGGAGCAGGACGAUGACGAGGGGCUUAUUAGUAGUCAGCAGGGGAAUUUGUUUGAUACCAGGCCCUUUACUGGCACAGAAGUAGCACCGACUCCUGAAGCUCCGACCGCAGAGGAAAGCUUUGGCACCUGUCUGUACGACCCCCAGAAGCGACUGCGCACCACUAACAGCGAGAAUUAUACCCCAGCUCCAGUCUUCGGGAAGGAAACUGGUCCGACUGUAACAGUCUGGAAAGGGCACUCGUUCAACACUAUCCCCCUGCGGGAGGCCGAGAAGUUCAGUGGAAAGGACAGUGGCAAAGGAGACAGCGAUUUCAAUGAUAGCGAUUCUGAUAUCAGCGGAGACGCACUGAAAAAAGAUCUCAUUAACCACAUGCAGACAGGAUUAUGGGCAUGCACAACAGAGUGCAAGAUCCUGGGGCAUUCAGAUCGCUGCUGGAGUCCAUCUUGUGGCAGACCACCAAACUCUCAUCCCCCCACAGUGCACACUGGACAGCUCUCUGUGUCAAGCUUUUGCAAGAGCACAUCACUGCCCCGUGAUCCUUUGCACAGAGAUAACUACUACCAGUCCUCUCCAGCUCAGGCACACCUUCCCAAAACAGGGGGACUUCAGAGCGUCUAUGAGAAAGUACUGCCAAAAGACUAUGAAAGCAGGACAAUAAAUCUAAUCUCCCCACCAAGGCCUGGUAGACUCCCUGACCUCCAGGAAAUCACAAUGCCUUUGUAUAAGUCCCCGGGGACCACAAGAUACAUGUCUCCAGAUGACAGUACCUGCGAGCAGGAUGAACUUUAAAUUUAUUUAUCUCUAACCCUAAUAUGGAUACUUACACUUCCCUAAUAUGCAGACUUACAGAGUUGGGUAUAUAAGGCUUUGUGAGUGCAAAUGUUUAAAUUAUUGACUAUAGUAGGGAGAUUGUUAGCUGCAAGAAAAACCUUUUUAUUACUACUUUUACCAACAGUGUACUAAGGGCCAGAAAUUUCAGUGCAGCAUUACUAGGUUUGCUCUUAUGUUUGGCUUGGGAAAACCACUUGUGUACAUUCUACCACAUAUGCAACUGGAAUUAUGGAGAAAUGUAAACUGGGCCCUGUGUCAAACAAGGGUGUCAGAUCAGACUGCUGAUAGAACACUUUGGUCACAGUUUUCCCCCUGGCACGGCAAUGUAAAAAAUGUAUUAUUUUGAUGACAACAGACCACAAUUCUCUGACACAUAUACAAAGAGGUAAACACCACAUAUGCUAAGCUCAGGAAAUGUAACAUUUUGGUCUGCCAGUCACUCACAGAUCAGUCAGAUCAUCUGCAGACUGACCAUGUCUGUUCUGAUCACUUGAUUUGAUCAGCAGAUAUGGCUUGUCUAUGGUCAUGCAAUGUGGUUUUUCAGUGACCAGAUGGUUCUGAUUCAAAUCAUUUCAUGUGCUGGUGGCUUUAUUCUGCUCUUUGGUGCAAGUUACCAUUCCAUCAACAUUUGCAUGUAAAGGCCCUUGUGCACUUGGAGUUCUCUAGCUAAGACAGCCAUAUUUUGACCUGGCAUAUAGACAAUGGAUUCUUCUCUUAGCUACACAAUCCACAUGAACACAUCGUAAAUCUGUAUGAAAACAGAGGUGGAGUUAUUUUGGUGAAAUAUCUUUCCAAUUAAGUCAUUCUACUGAUUUCUAUAGAAUAAUGUCUUGUCUGUGAUCAAAAAUACAGUUUUUUAUCAGAAUUUCCCCACUUCUAGUUUCAUACAUACAAGAAAUCCUGUUAAACCUACGGUAUGAGGUGUAAGUUCAGCUAAUACAAUCUCUGCAGCACUGUCUCCAUUGUGAUCCAAAGCAGGGCAGUGCAAAUAGUAAUAUAUUUAAUAUAUUUUCACCAUUUGUUAGGAUAAUAGAUGUAUUCUUGUACCUGCAUAAGCAGCAGUGCAUAUUUAGUACAAUUACACAGACUGAUACAUACGCUGAGACAGAGGGAGGAAUCGGUCUUACCCUGGUGCUGGACAGAAAACACAGAAAAGUCUCAUGUUUUCCAAAUGCAUUCUUUUAUAGGGAAUUUUAGUACAGACCAGGGGUGGUUUUUUGCAUGUGGCAAAAAUGUUAAUAAAUCCUUCCCAAUGUGCCUUAAUAAAAAUUAAACUGUAGUGAUACAUUCCUGUCAGGCUGAUGCCGUUUGGGUUUUCCAGACAAAAAUAGUUUUUUUUUUCUGUUUAUAUAAUUUUUAUGAAAUGUGCAGUAUUUAGUUUUUUUACCACAUUCAUUCCCUUAGCUGACAUAAUGGCUUGCCAUUUGGUAGUGAUUAUAACUAUGAAUACUGUGUACUUGUAAUAUGUUUGUAAAUAGUCAAAAAUAUGUUCUAUUUUUAUAUUAAAAAAUAUUCAGAAUGGAAUCUAUUGCCAAAGGAACUAUGGGUGUAAAUACAACUGUAUACCUUAAGUCACUCAAAAUGUAUAUGUUUCAAUGUACAUUUGAACAAUUAUCUCAAAGACUUGACUUGCAAAAGUGUGACUUGUAGUUUAUGCACUUGUGGUUCAUUGAAAAUGUUAUUUAACUGCUUUUUACUUCAGAAAAAUGUCACCAUAAAACACUCUAAUAAAGUAUUUGUGACUUCUGUGAA